CCUUUGGUACCUGCAGACUCAUUCUCGCCUGAGGCCAUUUUGAGCUUUGCCCAGGCAAGCUUGUCCAGGACAGAACAAGCACAAGCGCGAUGCCGCUCGGAUAAAUCUUAGCCGACUCAAUUCAAUGUCUGCAGAUAAUCUUUCAUCGCUGUAACCAUGUCACAAACAUCUAAACCCUCACAAGACCUUUUCUUCAAGUCGUACAAUGACAUUUCCCCGACAACAAUCGUCCUACUCCACGGUCUCUUUAGCUGCAACCUCGAAUGGGAGCACGUUAUUCCCCACCUCAGCGACUACCAUCUCAUCGUCCCAGAUCUCCCAAAACACUCUCAAUCGAGAGACAUAGGGCCCUGGUCAAUCGAGCUCGCCGUAGACUCUGUCGCGCAUCUCAUCCGAAAACAUGCCCACGAUGGACAAGCGCACGUUGUCGGCCUUUCACUGGGCGGCUUCACCACGAUGGAACUAAUCCGCCGACAUCCAGACCUCGUUAAAUCAGCAUUCGUCACUGGCUCAACCCCAUUCCGGCCAUGGCAAGUCUGGGCAGCGGAAAGACCCAGCCUCCUCCACUACGGUCUCAAAUUCGUUAUGAAUAGUGGUUUCUACACUCUCAGCGUCUGGAUGAAGGGUCUCAAGGAUCACACCCAGCUUCAGAACGAAAUCGCUACUAAUAAUGAUUGGAGCUUGGUCAAUGACGCUUACGCCGGGCUUGCUAAGUGGCAGCAUGAAGACGUCAAAAGAGUUGCUGAGAAGGAUAAGCGGAUAUUGGCAGCCGCUGGAGAUCAAGGUGAUGAUUUCGACGGUGCAAAGGAAAUGGCUCUGGCGUUUCGCAAAGAAGGGCGCGAGGAUGGAAAGAAGAGUACUGCGGUUCUUAUCAAGGGGGCAAUUCAUGCAUGGAAUUUGCAGUUUCCGGAAUUGUUUGCUGAAGGCAUCAAAGCUUGGGUUGAAGAGAAGCCUCUUCCUCAUGAUUUUGUGAACUUGAUCGAUGGGUAAUUUGAUGAAGGCGUUUAACUUGCGUGAAGUAGAAUACGGUUAUUUAUUAUCCAUUAUAAAUUCGGAAUUCCUACAUACC